AUGGCAGCCCCUCCUUGUAGCCAAUCUGAAGAUGAGGGCUUCAGCAGCCAAGAUGAACAGGAGACAAGCAGCAGAGAGGACUCUGGAGAUGCUAAGUCGGCGCUUCAUGAUGCCAUAUAUUUGAAGAUGACUGAACUGGUGGAGUUUCUACUCCUGAAGUAUCGUGCAAAGCAGCCAACUACUAAGGCAGAAAUGCUGAGUAGAGUCAUAAAAAACUAUCAGGACCACUUCCCUGUGAUCUUCAGCCUAGCCUCUGAGUGCAUGCAGUUCCUCUUUGGCAUUGAUGUGAAGGAAGUGGACCACAUCAACCUUACCUAUGUCCUGGUCACCACUUUGGGGCUUACAUAUGAUGGGAUGGUGUCCCAUGGGCAGUCCAUGCCCAACACUGGCCUCCUGGUCAUGCUCCUGAGAUUGAUCCUUGCAGAGGGUGACUGUGCCCCUGAGGAAAAUGUUUGGGAAACACUGAAUAUCAUGGGUGUGCGUGAUGGGAAAGAGCAUUGGAUCUAUGGGGAGCCCAGGGAGCUCCUCACCAAAGUUUGGGUGCAGGAAAAGUAUGUAGAGUACCGGCAGGUGCCCAACAGUGAUCCUGCACGCUAUGAGUUCCUGUGGGGUCCUAGGGCUCACGCUGAGACCACCAAGUUGAAAGUCCUCAAGUUUUUUCUCAGAGAUUAUAGAAGGAAUCCCGGUUCUGUCCCAUCCCUAUUUCAAGAGGCUCUGAGUGAUGAGGAAGAUGAUGCCUAA